CGCUCGGCAGCAGCAGCAGCGCCUCCUCCUCCUCUCCCUCCGCCGUCUCUCCUCCCCCUCCAUCCACAGACACGGCGAGAGCACAGCAGCAGCGCUGACACAGCCCGGAGCACCGCAGCGGCUCAGCCAGGACGGAGACCCGGUCAGGAGAAGCAUUUCUAAGCCUUGGACUUCUGCAAUGACUGCAAUCUGAACGCUUUAUAAACCCCUCACUCAGCUGUGGUCCCUCCUGAGCCUCCUGCAUCCGAUCGCGAGCGCUACCCAGGGACGGACAGCGUGCUAGAAGAGAAAUCUCCGUCUUCCACAAUGAAUCCUGUUUACAGCCCUGUGCAGCCGGGGGCUCCCUAUGGAAAUCCGAAGAAUAUGGCCUACGCAGCACGUGAAACCCCAUUUAGUGUAUCGCUCCGCUCGUCAUGCUUCGGGCAAGGUGCCUCCCUCCACUACUGCUGCGCUCCGCACAGGUUACCGUUCCCCAUUCUAGUCAACUUGGAUGGUUACCCCGCCGGAUACCCCGCAGCCGCUCCUACUUAUAAUCCCAACAUGUAUGCAGCCAGCAGCCAAGGCUAUGCCCCAGCAACGCUGCUGAUGAAGCAAGGCUGGCCGCAGACGUCCACCUCCUGUGCCAACGAGGGCACUUUCCACCUCCCUGUGGAUUCCGGGACCGAGAACAGGACCUACCAAGCCUCUUCGGCCGCAUUCAGGUACACUGCUGGGACUCCGUACAAGGUCCCCCCUACCCAGAGUAACAGUGCACCGCCGCCAUACUCUCCCUCCCCAAACCCCUACCAAACAGCGAUGUACCCCAUCAGAAGUGCCUACCCCCAACAAAACCUGUAUGCCCAGGGUGCUUACUAUACUCAGCCCGUCUACGCGGCUCAGCCACACGUCAUCCAUCACACCACUGUGGUACAACCAAACAGCAUUCCUUCUGCCAUCUACCCAGCUCCGGUAGCGGCACCACGAACCAACAGUGUUGCGAUGGGCAUGGUCGCUGGGACCACCAUGGCUAUGUCUGCAGGUACGCUGCUGUCUACACCACAGCACACUGCUAUCGGAGCACACCCAGUCUCUGUGCCAACAUACAGAGCUCAAGGCACCCCAACGUACAGCUAUGUACCCCCCCACUGGUAAACUCUGCCACCUGUCGAUGUCUGGAGUAAAACGUUGUAUGCAAACGCUCAAGUCUUACAUCGGUGCCGCAACAUCCGGACGACGGCACCAAGUUUGUCUACAAGAACAAAACAACGAAACACGAAAGUGCAACGGUCACUUUAAUAAUCUUUAGUGUUUUUGUUAAAGCUGCUUUUUCUUUAACCUCCUACCGGUUUUUUUUUUUACAUGUGUUAUGCGUUUGCUGUCACCGGGCGCAGGGGCCGCCACAGCGUUCCCUUGAACGGCCGGUUUCUCUGCUUUAACCAUCAUUGCAAUAUUGUUUUUCAACUUUUUUUUUUUUUUUUUCAUGAAUGGGUUGUUUUAGAAAUUUUGCUAAACGUUGAACAUUUUUUAGUUUACGUUUUUUUUUCCCGUGUUCCCAGAAAUGUUUAGUUUUUUUUUGUUUUUUAGGUAAAAUUUUUCAUAAAAGCAGUUUAAAAAAAAAAAAAAGGUGUCUUCCAAAAUUAUAAUUAUGUUUUAAAAUAGCAUUAGAACAAUCUCUAGAAAAUCAAAGCCGUAAUGGUACACCGGUCAUCGGAAAACUGCAGAAUUCGAUUAACUUUUGAUUUGUUUUUUUUGUUUUUUUUUGUUUUUUAGUUUUAACUUGCGUUGAAAUUCAAGGCUGCUAAACUCGUUUUUCAUGGGAAAACUAGUGGUAUUAUAAGACGUGACGUUCUGUAAUAGCAAAAAAUAAUUUCUGUAAAAGCACAAAACACCUACGUGUCUGUUUAUUCCCUUGUUUUGUAUAUUGUUUUUUUUUUCUCUCACAUUGAAGGGCAUAAUUCAGCCAUUGCAGACCUUGCCUGCCGCCGAAGACUAGACACUACCACAAACGUGCUGGGCAACCAGACAAUCACAGAUUCGCCACUAAACGUACCUGUACUCUGGCCGGCGUACGCGACCCCAAUCGGCCAGGUUUUAUUCUAGUUCAUGACGUUGUAUUUGUGAGACAGUGUUACAGUAGAAAGCCUCAGUGUUCCGUAGGUAGAACCAGUACAAGUCUGCAUGUGUGUUUAGGCGUUUUAAGGUGAUUCAGUCCAGUAGCGUCUGAAUAACGAUUGCCCGAGUGUAGAUCCAGAUCGCAGAUAUCGGGGGACAGUCUGCUUAGUCACACGUUAUAAUAUUUGCCUCCGCGCAGCAGAUAUGCAAAUAUACGAAGCCUUAUACGGUAUUAGCUGUAAAUGUCGUCGUUUUCUUAUGGCAGACACAUUUUCCCGUAUUUGUUCAGCUGUUUGGUUCGUAAACGUGACGCCCCCUCCCCCUGCGACGUUAGUACCUCAGCUUUGCACUGAAUUCUAAAGUAAGAGUAAUACCCCCUGACUCGCGGUCGCAGAACAUCCGAUUCAGAAUCCGCAACCGGAACUUCUGCUACGUCUUUCUUCUGAGUUUCAGCUCUCAGCAAAGGAAUAUCUGUUUCCCAUUGUGGUGAUAUUCCAGGGAUAAUGCGCACAUUGUUAUUACACUAUCAGACGCAUUUACGGAUAUACUCUGUAUACUGACCGCUACUUGAGAGGGAAGGAUCUAUCUUUAUUCGUGACCCAUAGGCUUAGGCUAUAUGUAUACUUCCACUGCAAACAGCCCAGUAAGAUGACUUACGUAGGCUAAGUCUAUUGGAAGUAUAUGUAACCUCCCCCCCAAAAUGAACAUAGAGAUGAAAAAAGUGCGCCGGAAUCGCGCCAUGAGGAAGUGGGGUAUAUUUAAUUUGUAUGCUUGGCCCAAAAAUACAAAUAAAAAGUUAUAAUGUUGCACCUUUUCCACCAAAAAAUGGGUAUCCGGAUGAUAGAUCGACACUGCCUAGUUAUAUAGUCAAUCGGUCGACACCAUAUGGUCGACAGGUUCAAAAGGCUAACACGAUAACGGUCGACGCAUGUUUCCCCCCCCCCCCUCCAUAUGGUUUCAUGGACUGCGAUUGGGAAUAGUAACCCGUGGUGGUCACAGAACAUGAAAUAUAGAAGGUGUGGGCCAAAAAAUUGUCACGUCGAACUUUUGUCCCUGUUGACCUCUUUUUACCUGUCGACUGUUUAUCUGUGCAUGUUACCAGUAGCUUCUCCAUAUAAGCCGCUCUGUAUGCUAGUCAUUAUAGAUUUACCGGUCCUUAUUAUAAUAAUUGAAAGCUCUUCAGUAUACUGUACACAACAAAACCAAUCCUUCCCUUUACACACACACACGUUUCUGCCUCUCUACGGAGCGAUGUUGUACAAGUCCCCCCGUUGUCAGCCGUAGUAGCGUUGUGUGUAGGGGCCGUCAAUGGUCAUAUGUUUGUGUUGAAGGUUGUCAGGCAAUGCCUGCUCUUACCAGUGCCGGUGGGGAAGGAAACAGCCGCUGAGACGUCAUUAAAAAUGAAUAAGAUCUUCUCACAUACGCAAUCCUCCUAUACCCCAGCUGCACGAUUACGGCUGAUGUCAUUAGAACAUGUGACACCAUCUUGUUUUACUAAUGGUGCUUUGAUGUAUUAAUAAAAAUGCAUUAUAGUGAUAUAUAAUCGGAGAGAGUAGGAUGAAGGAAUGUGUCUUGUGAGCAUGAAAAAUAAAAAUCUUUCCUUUUUU